UCCCGUUGGUUGUCAGAGAAGCUCCUUGGUGAAGAGGAAAAAGACAAAGUUGACUGGAAGUGAAUAGACUGAGCGGCUAGUUCACUGUGCUGGCAGUCUGCAACUACUACUACUGCUGCUGCUACUACAGUGCGACAAGAAGGGGAUUUGCUCCUGCGCCCCUUUACUCACCGCAAUGUCUUCUCCCAGGAGGAUCAAAGAGGAUUUAAACUCGGAUGAAGAGGGCCAAGUGCACCCUACGCUCUCCCCAUCUGAGGAUCACAAGAUCAAGAUCUCCAGCCUCCCUUUCAGCGUGGAAGCGCUCAUGGCUGAUAAGAGGGUUCCUAAAGAGGCUCCCCCCUCACGUGCUGUGGACUCGUCUGCCGCCACCAGCACCCCUAACCGGCACCUUCAUUUAGGGAUCAGGGACAGCCCGAGCCCCCCUGGGCUCACAAAAACCUUUGAAACCUCGUCGGUCAAAUCGGAAAACUCCGAAGAUGGCACCAGCUGGUCCAAAGACGGGGGCAGCUAUUCCCCUCCGCCAAGACACCUGAGCCCAUCCUCUUGCACUUUGAGGAAGCACAAAACCAACAGAAAGCCCAGGACUCCCUUCACCACCUCCCAGUUACUGGCCCUUGAGCGCAAGUUCCGCCAGAAGCAAUAUCUCUCCAUAGCAGAAAGAGCAGAAUUCUCCAGCUCCCUCAACCUCACAGAGACACAGGUUAAAAUAUGGUUCCAAAACAGAAGAGCCAAAGCCAAAAGACUCCAGGAAGCGGAAAUAGAAAAGCUGAAAAUGGCAGCAAAGCCCAUACUACCUCCUGGCUUUAGUAUACCUUUCCCCAUCAACUCUCCUAUUCAGGCUGCAUCAUUGUAUGGAUCAUCUUAUCAAUUUCACAGGCCAGUUCUUCCAAUCCCACCCAUGGGACUUUAUGCUACACCUGUUGGAUACAGCAUGUAUCACUUAUCCUGAGGAGGGUGACAUGACAUAGGAAAGGAAAAGAGUACUGGGAACAUGUUCAUAGACUCAAAGCGUCUCAAGACCGCCCAUCAUAAAGAAUGGGAGAGCCCAGCCUCUCUUUUACAGGGUGCCCUCUGGAUCAAACUGCACCCUUCCUCCAAAUACUUUAAUUGCAGCAGUUCCUUCAUGCAACUGCAAAAGACUGCAUUGAACAGGUACCAAAAAUCAUAGAGAAAGCCGUGUAUUGGUGGAUUUCUUCUCCGCCAUCAGCUCCUUAACUUUAGUGACUAUGUUCAGGCCUAGUAUUACAUAUCAGCCUGUACUGAAAUGUAUGAGCUUUAUUCAGUUGUACGGGACUCACAGUCACUACUGCCUUUUUAUAAAGGUAAAAUAAACCCAAAGACCCACAAGAAACACUUGAUGUAAAAAAAAAAAAAAAUGUAAAUAGAAAUCACAAUAACAUUGAAGGGGGUUUAGGGUUUUGCACUUAGAGGUUAUUGAUCAAUUAGGUGCAGUAAUUGAAUUAUCAAGGCUGGCCAAUUCUGGUUUAUAUUUUGAACACAUAACCAAGUAUAAAAUGAUGGGAUACCUGUGUCUUUUAAAUAUGAAUAUCUGAUGGUGACCUCACUGUGGUGAUGUUCACUGUGUAGCCUAGAGAUCUAGUAAGCAUAGAAGGGUAUCUAAAGAGAAAGUAGACCUUGCUACUGCUAAUGGGCCCAAAGGGAAGUGUAGGGGUCCUAGUAGGGCACUGAAUGAUGGCAGUUCCUCUACAUGUUUAUAAAAAAAAUGUAGGGAACCCUAAAAUAAUUUUACUGCGGGACCAGUAACUUGUUACACCACUGCAUCCAGACAUGUAUAUUUAAAUACACACCUCUCCACAAGUUAUUCCUGGGUUUUUCAGAUGUGAGCUGUUUUCAUAAAGGUUGCCCUGGGUUUCAAAUGCCUAUUCUCUGCCUUAAAUGCUAUUGCAAGUCUUAUAGGCCUGAUACUAUGCUAUAGAAUUGCAGUUGACAGGGUUAAACUUGAAACCAAAAAAAAACCUGACUAAAUUUAGCAGAUUUUUCAGAGUGCCGGUUGUUUGUUCCAAAUACAACACAGAGCAUGUGUCCCUUGGUUACUGGCAUCACAGGGACCCCUUAAGGGGAAACAUGUUGAUUAAAGCACAAAUUACAUAGUAUUUUGCUUAAACCGUGUUUGUUAUUUUAAGUACAUAUUUCAGGAAUGUCCAAACUGCGGCUCUUUUAGCUGCAACUUCCAGCAUUCCACCAACAGCAAGAAGGUUGGAGUGUUUCAAGAUGGACAGUCCUGGAUUAAAUGAUUGGUUCCCUUUUGAUUUUGGGGGUCCUAGACUUCUAUAUCCCUAUCUCACAUUUUCAGCUCGGGUCUUUGACCCAAUCUCAUACCAAGUAAAUCUCUAAAUGUAAAAUGUAUGCAGUUUUGAUACUUUUAGUUUGGGAAAUAGGGGGGUUUGUUUAUUUUGUAAGGAGGAAUAGUGCCCGUUUUAAUAGGGAAAAUCUGCUUAGAUUGUGAUUUAGAAGCAGCAUUUGUUUAUCAUUUUACAUUGCUAAUUGCUAGCUGUGGCACCAACUGAUGAAACAUACUCUAGUGGGAAACAAGCUACUCUUACCAGAAUUAGCUUAGGCUGCAAACUAUCACAUGAUGCUCCUUUACUACCUAAUAUUAUGGGUAAACUGAGGAAAUAGGGGUGAGUUGUGUUUACAGACAGAGCACUUAGCACUCAUAUAAUGAGCCCCAUGCACAUUAGCUGAAACCUAUAUUCGAACCUACUUGUUCUAUUGCUAGCUAGCAGAUGCUAGCAAAUUGUCAAAGCACAGGCCACACAGACAAGCUACAUUCUUUUAUAUGUCAAGCUAGUAGACUGACCAACAGAUAAAAAAAAUGGCCUUUAGAGCACACAGGCAGCCUAUCAAAGUGAGCCUUCUCAGGAAUUCAGCAGCUACACUCCAAAUGCACUGUGCUGUAUAAUGGCCAUAGCUGGUUCCUGCCAUUGUUCUACCCACCAGAUCAAGCUCCAUCAUACAGGGAGGGUCAUUUUAGGUAACAAAAUAGUAGCUGUUGCUGUUCUGUCUCUGGCAAGGACUUUUUUCUGGGUCAGUUGCUGUAAUGUUUCCAAACAAAUCUGCAAAUGUAAAGAGUGACUUUCAGCAAUUCUUUGCUGUCUAGAUUGCAGUUUUAUCCUUUAUUUUUUUUUAAUGAAAUUGUUCACCCAAGUCAAUGAAGGUUUGAAAGAUUUGAUCCUAUUUUCAUUUUUUAAUUUUAUUUGUCUGAUAAAAAGGGUAACUGUCAUUUUCAAAGUUAAGAACCAAAUAUUAUUUUCUACUGUGGUGGAUUGUGGUCAUACUGAUUAGUCAUAUAUGAAGUCUGUGCUGUAUAGUAAAUGAUUGUCUGCGAUGAGAUCCUAUUAUGCAAUGGGUGUACAGAGGUCCCAGGGAUGGGAAAUAUAUAGUCGGAAAAGCUUAUGCAACAGGAUGUGUCUAAUGCAAUAUGCAAACUAACCGGAAACUUAAGUGCCUCAUAGUUACAUUUUUUGGGGUAAAUAUUAAACAACAAAGCCAAUGUUAACAUUUUUUUUGUAGGAAAUGAAUUUAUUUUCUUGAAGUCCACCAAAUUCUUACUGCUGAGAUCUGAACCACUUAAGGCCCUAUCCAUUCCUUCUGUAAUUACCGUCCCUUUGAAAGGGAGCCUUGUAAAAUGCUAUAUAUUUUAUUGAAGAGUUAUAAUUUCAUAUAUCUCUUAUUUGUAAUUAAAUUAAAACCAUGUUACAGUUGUAAA